UUUACUGAUCAGUUGUCAAAUAGUUCUUCGAAUUUAACUAUAACUUUUAUCAGUAGGGGCAUGGAAGUUACUUAAUUUUAAUAUCAUGAACUCUAUUAACAUACUUAAAGGAUGCUAUUGUAAAUGGAUGGAGAAAUCAUUGGUUAUAACUCAUAACAAACUGGACAAUGGUAAUUAUAUCAAGCUGAGGUGGAUUUCAAAAUGCUUUGUCGUUUUAAAUUAAGCUCCUUUACAGAUUGCACAUUGCUUGAUUUGCCGUGAUUAUUACACAUGCCCUCUCCUGCGCCAAAUGUCUGUGGUAAAAGGUAACAAUCUGCAGACUAUAUCCAGUCCUGAAUCAGUUUCGCAUAGGGAUGCAUACCCACUGAAACAAGCCAGUUUAAGUCCCUGUGUAACCCUUAAGAAAACAUAACAACAUUUAACCAGGGGAAGCUUUUCCAUUCUUUGGAACAUUCUAUUGCAGCUGUGCUUUAUGUAGGGGGAGAUGCUCUGUUGCGGCCCUCAUUUCCAUUUUCAAGCUGCUAUUAAUACUGAACUAGGCCAAUUUUGUAUGUCAAGGGUUCCAUCAAGAUGAGAAAUGUUAUUUACUGCUUAUCUACUUUUUUUCAUUUAGCAUGAAGUUUUUUAUGUUAAAAGAAAAAAAAUAUUUUGCUAUACUGUUCUGGAAAAUGGGGUCUUAUAAUUAGUGGUCUGGCUUUUACAGAGGCUAGAGUGGUUUGAUGUUGGGAGUUAUUUGAUCAACAUAUUCGUCCAGAUAAACCCAGUAGAUAUUGAGUCUUAGAAGAUGCUUAGGAUUGUCAAGAGACACAUAUCAAACUUACGGGAAAUUGAAAAUGCAACCUAAACAGCAUAUUUCCUGUCCUUCCAUUGCGUUCCUUUGUUUGUUUAUUGAAUGUGUAAUUGAACUAGGUUUACAGCUGUCUUAUGUCAUGGUAUUUUUGUUCAAACUCUUUUCCACCUUUCUCAUAUUAUUGACUACAAGUGAACUACAAUUUCUCUACCUUUUCAUUUUUUGUGCAUUUCUUGUUUCUGAAUGCAUUUUAUUGGAAUAUCUCGGUUCCUUUCUAUUAGGUCCAGUGCUAAUUUGUACCGCUUUAUCAUUUUCUGUCUUAAAAUUUUGCAAAAAUAACCUCAUUUUCUCAUAACUGAUCAAAUAAGGUGGCAGCCAAAACAGUCUACGGUUGACAAUGAUGGACUGAAGGGAACAUAUCAUGUGGAUGUUGACAUGCCUGCAGAUUCUUGGUCCACAACCAUUCACUUCUACGAUGUUCUUAUAUUUAAUACUGGGCAUUGGUGGGGUUACGACAAAUUCCCACAAGAGACCCCUCUUGUUUUUUAUCAUGCUGGCCAGCCAAUACUUCCUCCUCUUGGGUUGUUUGAUGGACUUAGAGUUGUUCUUGAGAAUAUGGUCUCAUACAUAGACAGAGAAAUUCCUAGCAAGACACUCAAGUUUUGGCGGCUGCAAUCACCACGGCAUUUUUAUGGUGGUGAAUGGAAUCAAAAUGGAAGUUGCUUGUUCAAAGAGCCCCUCAAGGAAUAUGAGCUUGAUUCAUGGUUUGAUCCCAGCAACAAUGGAGUGAAUAAAGAAGCAAGAAAAAUUAAUCAUGCAAUUAAAGAGACAUUGCAAGGCACAGAUAUCCAAUUGCUUGAUCUAACUCAUUUGAGCGAGUUCAGAGCAGAUGCCCACCCUGCAAUUUGGUUAGGGAAGAAGGACGCGGUGGCAGUCUGGGGUCAGGAUUGCAUGCAUUGGUGCCUACCUGGUGUCCCAGAUACAUGGGUUGAUAUCUUGUCAAAGCUUAUCCUUAAUGGUGUGAGGACAAGGCAAUAAAAAGAGAAGAGAAAGUUGUGGAGUUAUAUUGGGAUUUCGUUUCCAGAUAUCUGUACAUUAGAUGGGAAGAUGCUAUGCAGUUCAAGGGCAAAGUUCUAGAAUUUGGUUACCAGAAUCCAAGCAUCUUUCUGGAGGUAUUAAUUCCAGUAGAUUCAGAUGGAAAAAGCUUCCUGUUGUAUUCUUUUCCACAUUAUUGUUUCGUUUGAAGGGAAAUAAGCUGGCUCCUAAUUAUAAACAGAUAAGUGAUAAGUUAGACAGAAACAAGAAACAAAGGAAAAUUGACAGGAAAACUAGGAAAAGGUUAUUUAACUGUAUUUUCUUCCAGUUGAUCCUAUAGGUUUCAAAUUUCCAUCAUUUCAUUCUUUUAUAUAUUGAACAUCUUUAAUCAAAUAGGAAGUAUUCUUCUCAUGCUUAAUAUUCAAGUUCCUGUUAAAAGUUGUAAUUUCCUUGUUCUGCUA